CACGGUCAAAACUAGUAAUUAAUAUUAAAUCUCCGUCUCAUAUAGUAUGAAGAUUUCUUCUUACCAGGGUUAGAGUUAGAUGUACGACUUCACAGUGUUCAAAAUGCCCGGACCAGGGAACGACAUAUAGAACCAAAGGAAAAAUGCCGCUUUCUAGAACAAGACGAUCAAGGAAGACACCACUGGUAUUCACAGAAAGUCCUGUGGAAAGCAGGCAAACACCUGUUACACCUGUUCUUUGUGCAGACAGACCUGUUACAGCAACUUCUGUGCCAAUAAGUGACCACAGUAACAAGCCUUGGGUUUCACCACAAUUUCCAUAUCCACAGACCUAUAAUGGAAAGCGGAAACACAAACAUCAUGAUAAAGUAAAAAAGUCUUCAAUGUCAGACAAAGAAAAUAACCAGGAUUGUAACCCAAGGACAAACUUGCAUCAUAAAUAUCGUUCAUUAGUUUUUCUGAAACAUUUGGAAAGAGAUAUCCAAGGCUGUCAGACAGAUUUGCCAGACAACUCCAAGCUACUGCAUCCGCUUGGUCAUCAUUCCAGCUGCAGCAUCCCAGAGAAAUUCUCCAAUCAAAAAUCUGAGAGAUCUUUGCAGUUUGCUGGCACUGACAUUCGACAAGCACACAUGAAUUCAGUAGCACUCCCUAAUACAAGACAACAGCUUUGUCCAAGAGCAUCCACCAACACAAGAGAAAAGACUCAUAAUGUAAACACUGGUGCUGUUUCAGAUCAAGGACAGUGCUGCAAGGUACAGUUGGAUGCUUCCUUGCUUGUUGUGGAUACACCUGAACAUGAAUAUCAUUUAUCUUACAGACAGAGACAGCUGAAAAAAAGUCAAAAACAAUUAUUUUAUCGUGUAUAAUUAUAAAUAGUCAUCGCUCACAAUAAAUGAUGGUCUUUUUAGAAGAAGUUUGUAAA